UGGGCAAUAGAGAAGCGAUAGCGCAUGUGUUGGAUGUGCACGAUGCAAAUUCAGCUAGCGUCUAUCGAGAGAGAAGGCCUAGGUCGGAUAUCGUUGCCCGAAUGACCUAAUCGUCUCUUUUCACGAUAAAUAGGUAGACCUAUUUAGUCGUCUCGAUUUCAACUUGUGCGUCCCCCAAGCACCAGCCAGCACCCCCCAAGCACUAGCCAGCACUCCCUAAGCACCAACCAGCACUUACCCAAACCUAAACGAUCGAGAAGACCACCACAAAUCGCGUCAUGCCCCCAAUGGCUCCCCAAUCCCAGCACGACUAUCAUCCCAUUACAGGCAUCCAGGUCGGCCUUGACGAUCGCAAGGAUGACCCUCUCCGGGAAGUGCCUCUGCGCCUGGAGCUUGAUGACUGGUACCAAUCGACAAAGGCAGAGCAUGUCAACCAACGCGCCCUUUUUUUCCCUGCCAUGAAGAAAUUCAUGGAUGCAGACCCCUUUGACAAGCUCUCGUACUUCCAGGUCGCAGGUAUCCACGGGAAGCCGCUAGUCUCGUGGGAUGAGCCCAACCACGAUCCGCUGGAGCCUGGCAGAGGAUACUGCGCUCACGACAGCAUCCUCUUUGCCACCUGGCAUCGCCCUUACUUGAUGCUGUUCGAGCAAAUCCUCUUCGAGCUGAUGGAGGCCGAGGUGAAGCACUUUGACAAGGACGAGAGGCCCGAGCUCCUCGAAGACCUCCAGUCGUGGAGACUGCCGUAUUGGGACUGGGCCUUGAAGCGCAUGGCAUUCGUCGAGGGCAAGUGGACGCGCACCUACAGCGUCCCGUCUGUCUUCCAGGAGGUCGAGGUGACCAUCCGGCGCCCGAGACGCGUCCCGAGCCUCGGAUUCCCCAAUGCUCUCUACCAGUUCAACAUGCCAUACGGCUGGAAGAUGGGCGACGCCAAGAAACUGGGCGACUUGGCCGUGACCCCCAGGUAUCUCGACGGGAAUGAUAAAAAGACGGGCGAAAAGAAGCGCUGGGUAUUUCCGUAUGACGAGUGUACGGCUACGAGCAGACAUUCGAGUGGACCAUUGACGUGGGCUCGGGGCGAGCAGAACAACGUCAAGGUCGGGCAAAGCCUCGAGGCAGGCAAGCUCCAGCAAGGAACCGGUAAGGGAAAGUCGGACGAGGAGAUCGGCAAGACAGGAGCAGUCCUGCGCGACGCCUUCUACCGCAUCCUCCAAGUCAACACGUUUGGCGAGUUCGCGACAAAGCGAGCAGAAAAUGCAGGGACCGAGAAGGAGAACCCCAGAAAGCAGUGGUCGUCUUCAGAGGCUCUGCACGACAACAUCCACGGAUGGAUAGGUGGCAACGUCGAGGAGGACGCCAAAAACAGCCGCGCAUUCCUGGGCCACAUGUCGUACGUUCCCGUCGCGGCCUUUGAUCCCAUCUUCUGGUUCCACCACUGCAAUUGCGACCGGAUGAUUGCAAUCUGGCAGACGCUGCACACGGACACAUGGUUCGACGGGACCAGCCCACGGGACGAAGACCCCGGCAGCUUUUAUAUCAAAAAAGGCCACAAGGACACGCCCGACGACGAACUGCGUCCGUUCCGCAAGAACGAACAGGGAGAGUACUGGACGUCGACCGACUGCAAAGACGUCGCGGCGCUUGGCUACACUUAUCCGCUGCUCGAGAAGUGGAAGUACGUCGACGCCGAUGGCAACUACGCCCGGGCGGUGCACCUCGCGGCCCUCAACAAGGAGCUCAACGAGACGUACAAUUCCGCGCGCGCUGCCGCCAUCAAGGCUGAGGUGUCUCCCAGCGGAACCGCCCCCCUACCCCUGCCCAACAUCUUCGCCAAGAUCGACGCGAAGGAGCUCAACAUCGACGACCAGCUCGUCGUGAACGACUACGCCGUGAACGUCAUCUACGAGAAGUUCGACCUCGGCGGCGCGCCCUUCACGAUAAGCAUCUUCGUCGGGCGGGUACCUACGACAGUGCCCUACAGCUACCAGGAGGCCGAGACGUCGCUGAUCGGCGAGGUGUACAACUUCAGCACCGAAGCCGAGGAGCUCGGGAGCAGCAGCGAGGGGUGCGGCAACUGUCGGCAGCAGCAGGCCGCGUCGGCGCUGUCGGCGGGGCGCGUGGUGCUGACCAACGCGCUCAUCACGCGCUGGAAGGCCGGCAUCGUGCACCACGCAGACCCCAGUGACGAUGGCGCGGCCGCCGGAGACGACUACGUGCCCGUGCUCCACAGCAUGGAUCCGGCUGACGUGGUGCCGUUCCUGCGCGCCAACCUGCACUGGCGCGUCGUGUCGUCCACGGGCGCCCUCGUCAAUGUCGCGUCGCUCAGGGUGUCGCUCGUCGUUGGCAGGGCUAAGCACUUUGUGGCCGACGUGACCAGGCCGUCGGUCUUUUCUGACUACAAGCCUGCGUAUAGUGUCACUGCGGGCCGGCCCAAUGGCGCCGCGCCCGAGGACGAGCUCUACACGCAUGGUGUGUGCUAUGACGGGGCGCACGGAGAGGUCGAGUAG